AUGGCAGAUAUCGUUAAAGAGUAUAACGGUAUUGGUUUACCUUCAGCUCGUGGAAGUGGUACGAACGGUUAUAUACAACGUAAUCUAGCCUACAUCAAACCCCGUGAACAGCAAUCUACCUACAAAGAAGAAAUAUCUGCUAGAUCUAGAUCUCCAGAUAGAUCUAUUCUUGAACAUGAACAGAAGCGUAAAGUUGAAAUCGCGGUUUUAGAGUUAAAGGAUGAUUUAGAAGAGAAGGGUGUACCAGAGGGUGAAAUUGAAGACAAAGCAGAUGCUCUACGUCAACAGUUGCUAGCAAAACCAGUUUCAGCCACUUCGAAUAAGCAAUUCAAAGGCCAUGAAAGACACGCAAUAGCAGCUGCAAAAGCAUUAGAAAUGCAACGUAUAAACCACGCAUUCGGUACAAGAGGUAAUUACAAAGAAGGUGAUGCCUUUGAUAGAGAAUUACAAGAACGUAAAAGGAUUGAGAGAAUCGAAAGGAGAGAACACCACGAAGUUGAGAAAAUUCAGAGAGAGCGAGACGCUAGAGAGAGAUCAAGGAGACAGGUCGAAAGGGAACUCGACGAAAGAGAGAGAUAUAGGAGAAGAUCACCUAGCUACGAAGAUGGCAGACGCAGAUCACCUUCAUACGAUUCUAGAGACAGGUCGAGAUCGCCACCGAGAAGAAGGUCAGAUUCACCAUACUACAACGAUAGAAGAUCGUAUUCACCACGUCCUCGCUCACGUUCACCAUCAUAUUCACGCUCACCAUCACCAAGAAGAGAGUCAGAUCUAUCUCCCGUACCAAAAUAGGUUGUAAUAUUAGUAUACAUGACUAAUUUAUAUAUAAUUUCUUUAAG